UCGUUUGCCUAACUGCCAUCAAACACCAAUGAAGAAGAAAUCGAAACAAGGCAGCCAGUCAGGCUGCAAGUGUUAGCAGCAAGCUAGGAAUGGCGCAAGAGAUAUUCACACUUCAGAUCAAAAGAAAUUAUGUAAAAUAAAAUAAACUAAUGCAGUAUGACAGUAGCCAGAUGUUCCCGGGGGACCGUCGCUUGUAUAUUGAAGCCAACAUAACUGAAGCAAAAUUGCGAAUUAAUAUAAUGUGGUGAACAGGACUGGAGCCGAAAGGGACAGUGGGACCAGCAUCAGCAGGUUUCUAGCAUAGAUGAAGCAUGAAGAGCCCAGUGCACAGAUGCAGGGACGUGGAGCAUGGCCGUGGGCAAGCUUGGGCAGGAUCCAGUUUCUUACAGCCAGAGCAACGCAUCCCUAUCUCCAAAGAUGCCAUCACUUCCUCGUCUGCCUCUGCCAUGUGGUUCAUCAAGGACGCCUGUGGCAUCAUUUGUGCCAUCAUCACGUGGCUGCUGGUUUUUUAUGCAGAGUUUGUGGUGUUGUUUGUAAUGCUGCUGCCCUCCAAGAAUCUGACAUACAGCAUUGUCAAUGGGUCACUGUUCAAUGUUCUGACCUUUCUUGCCCUCGCCUCACACCUCAGAGCCAUGUGCACUGACCCUGGGGCAGUGCCCAAAGGCAAUGCAACAAAGGAAUACAUAGAAAGCCUUCAGCUGAAACCAGGACAGGUGGUCUACAAAUGUCCCAAGUGCUGUAGCAUCAAGCCUGACCGAGCACACCACUGCAGUGUUUGCAAACGCUGCAUACGGAAGAUGGACCACCAUUGCCCCUGGGUCAACAACUGUGUUGGGGAGAACAAUCAAAAGUACUUUGUGCUGUUCACAAUGUACAUUGCACUUGUCUCUCUCCAUGCUCUAUUCAUGGUGGUUUUCCAUUUUCUCUACUGCUUUGAAGACGAUUGGACAAAGUGCAGUUCCUUCUCUCCACCAGCAACAGUCAUCCUCCUCAUACUCCUGUGCUUUGAGGGACUCCUCUUCCUCAUCUUCACCUCUGUGAUGUUCGGUACCCAAGUCCACUCCAUCUGUACUGAUGAAACUGCAUUUUCUAACCCGCUAGAAUUCUGUUCAACAACCUGGGCAAAAACUCCACAGCCACCACUCCUGGAUGCUUCCACAGGGAAUCGAACGCUUGAAGAGAGAGACAGGGAAGUGGGAGAAGGCGCCAUGCUGGGAAGCCAUGAAGAUGGCGUUUGGUGGUCCGUUCUCCCUGACCUGGUGCAGUCCCUUCUCUGGAAUGAGCUGCAAGAAGAGCCCCACAGAGCUUGCCACUGUUCCGCAGGGGGAGAUCAUCGAGGAGGACGUCAUAGAGAUCCCACUCAACUAGGACUGUCUAUAGACAGCCAUCUGCUGGGCUCCGUAUAUUUGUAUUUUAUACCUUUAUCUAAUCUCUACAGUACCGGGAUAUUAUUAUAGUAUUUGCCCCCUUCCUGUUUUUAGAUUUGGGAGGCAUAUGUGUCACACUUUGAUGUUUUGGAUUUGAUCUCACAAAGACAACCUAAGCAAAUACAAAUAUAUUUGGGUUGUCUUUGUGAGAUAUUAAAAUAGGUUUGAUGAUCUGAAACCAGGGAAGGAGAAAAUACUAUGUGUCAUUGCACAAGAAAAAUGCCUCUCCUUGAAUACCUGUCUCCAAGGAUGCUGUCAGGGAUUUUGGGGCCCAACAUUUAAAAAAAAAAAACAUUUUUCUAGGCCCUUAGACUUGUCUGUCUCAGUGCCAGAUUUGUUUUCCAAAACUGAAAAACAACAACAAUGUGGACCACAUUUAAAAAUUACACCUUCAAAAUCAUUCCAAACAUAGUGUUUUGUAAAAAUGAGAAUGCACUCAUUGGCAAAGCUACCUUGGAUCACCUACUUUGUGCCUGGGCUCUGCUCUUAAAUUACUGGUGGGCAAGCUAGCCAGAUCACAUCUCAUGCUACGUUAGGCCUAGCCUUGACUAUAACAUUUGUGAUCAAAGUUCAAUUCCAUUCAGUGUACAGUGUGCAGUACUUAUACAGUCCUGGCAAAAGGUAUUUGCAGUACGGUGAAUGCAAAAUAUCUGAUAGUAAUUCAUGCCUCCAAAAAUAUUUAGAAUUGCCUUUAGAUGCCACAAGUGUGGAAAAAUCACUACUUUUGUCUAAAUUAAGCUCCUCAAACCACUUCAACAUACAGUAAUUUCUUGGCACUGAGAUGGUGGCACAGCAAUACUUUUAUAGCUUUGUUGCAAAUAAAGGAUGCAUUUUUAAAACGGCUGCAAAAAAAUGUGGGGGUUUACCUUAAACUCAUGUUGUGUUCUACUAACUUGCUGCUUCAGUUUUCAUGUUUGUGAAUUCCAUUGAUUCUAUAUUGUUGUAAUGAGCACUUAUGGCCACAUAUACAUAAAAACUAUUUUUGGGUUCUUCGCAUUUCUUGGAUGGGCAAUAAAAAAUAAAAAUUGCAAAAUGAUUCCACUUACGCAAAGCUGCAAAAACACCGAAGAUACUGUCAUCAAUGUACACUUACUGGACGAGCAUUAUCAAGCAAAUUGUCUUGUUUACGUGGGAUGAUUGCGCCAUCACCAGUUCAAUUGUAUUUCUUGAAAUUUUUUUUUUUUUUUAUUCACAAGAAUGUCAUGUAAACAAGGGGUCAACACUUUAAUUUUAAUAGCGCUUUUCAGCAUGUAGAAACUGUAAAAUGUUGCAGGAGCAAAGUUGGUCACAAAUUUUGAGUCACUCCAAACAUACACUGCGAUUGGCUGGCGACCAGUUCAGGGGGUACACCCAACUCUCGCCCGAAGAUAGCUGGGAAAGGCAACCCGCGUGAGGAGAAGCAGUGCAGAAAAUGGAUGGAUGGAUCCAAACUGUGGAGACCUUUAUAGUACCUACUUUGCAAACAAGAUAGAUGACUGUACUGCCUUUUCCGAGGAAAAUAAUUUUUUUUAAUUUCCUGAAUGGCAUUGAACGGAGGGAGUUAUUGUGGGCUUUUUUUCUUUGUCCACUACCACCCAUUGGCUUUAUCGAAGUGGCAUGAGAGUGACAAAGCAACCUCAAAUGAACACCAACAGUAGCACAAACACAUUUGUCUUUACCACUGUGCCUUAUCUUUCCUGACGUGCACGAAACAUUUUGUCAUAUCUUUAACCUUAGUUGUGUCUCAUGUUUGUCUCUUGUGUGGUCCUGUUGUGUGUUGAGGUGGCAGCAUGAGGGCUUUGAACUCAUUAAAACGGGUGCUGGAAAUCA